GUCAAACAAAGCCCUAUAGACAUCGAUCUCUGAUUUGAGGAAAAAAAUCCUUAUAUGGCGAGAAUUACAAUGGAAGCAAGCAAGGCCGUCCUGCUCUUGAUGGUGAUCCUAGGAAGUUUGAUGAUUCCUGCAUACUCUCGGAACGUUGUUCGUUUCUGCAAAUGCGAGAAACGGGCCUGCAAAAAGGGAGCAAUAUCCGAAGGUGUUUGCUACUGCUGUCCAGGCGGCAGUUGUUAUUCGACGGUCCUAGAUUGUUCAACAGCUUGCCGGUGCAACAAGCUUUCACAUGCCCUCCAUUUCGAAUAGCAAGGGGAUUCAUCCCUAUGUAUCCCCUCGUGAUACCUUAAUCACCAAAUCAAUCCUAAAUGUAAUAGACAGUGAAUCAAUCCUGUGAUUUAUUGCAGAGACAAUAAAAAGCGGUGGCGGUUGUUGAUGUUUG